AUGGCCAUGGCGACGCAAGCCACCGUCUUCACCCCCACCACGCUCGCGGCGAAGCCCACCACCUCCGCGGCCCCCGCGCGGGUGGCGGCGCCGUGGAAGCUCGUCGCCGGAAAGCCGCUGGGCUCCGCCUCGCGCGGCAGCCUGCGGACCCGCGCCACCGAGGGGACGGCGGCGCCGGCGGCGGAGGAAAAGGCCCCCGCCGGGUUCACCCCCCCGCAGCUGGACCCCAACACGCCCUCGCCGAUCUUUGCCGGCAGCACGGGGGGCCUCCUGAGGAAGGCGCAGGUGGAGGAGUUCUACGUGAUCACCUGGGACUCCCCCAAGGAGCAGGUUUUCGAGAUGCCCACUGGCGGCGCCGCCAUCAUGCGGCAGGGCCCCAACCUGCUGAAGCUGGCGAGGAAGGAACAGUGCCUGGCUCUGGGCACUCGCCUCAGGUCCAAGUACAAGAUCAAGUACCAGUUCUACCGGGUCUUCCCCAAUGGGGAGGUGCAGUACCUCCACCCCAAGGAUGGUGUCUACCCUGAGAAGGUCAACCCCGGCCGCCAGGGGGUGGGUCAGAACUUCCGCUCCAUCGGGAAGAACGUCAGCCAAAUCGAGGUCAAGUUCACCGGCAAGCAGGUCUAUGAGCUGUGA